AUGUUGGGGGCCGCCUUCAGGGACUGCGGCUGCCGCUCGGGCUGCCCGACAGACUCGCUGCCGCCCGGAUCGCGCCUGCGGGCGCCCGCGGCGCGGGUGCAGGGGCUGCAGGUCGCUGCGCGGGCCGGCGGCAAGGGGUCGUCUUUCGAGAGCGACAAGCGAAGGAGGGGCAGGCCGGCACACCUGCGUAGCCCCUUCGACUCGCCGCUGAGAGACGGCAACCGCGACAGGCUGAUCGGCCUGCUGACUGACAGGGCAGCGAGGACUCUGCUGCGGUACCUGAUGGAGACGAAUAUGCACGUGUACCAAUGGCUCAUGAACUAUAUGAACAAGAACCCCAUUCCGUAUUCGGGGAACGCAAGCUGGGACGAAGUCUCUGGGGAAGCCUUUCUUCGCAGGCUGCUCGCCAUGGGAGUGAGACCAACCAGAUACAACACUGGGCAGGACCCAAUGUUCGAUGCUUUUGGAGAGGUCGGCGUUGACCCUCGAAACCUUGCUCAACGCAUAUUGGAGAUUCGCAGCCAUCUUGCUUCCGAGUUCACACAGGACCUGCAAAUGAUAAGUGAAGAGAAUGCCUACUUGCUGAAGGAGACUCUUAUGGCCUCUCUCGAAAAGUCGAUGGAGGCCGUUGACAAAGACAACCUGUGA